CCGCCACCCUGCGUCCGCUGCACGCGUCAGAGCCGUGUGAGGCGGGGAGCUGUGAUGCGAGGCACGUCCUCGAGUGCACUCCGCCGCUGCUCACAUUGCGAUGCCUCGCGCGCUAAUGUCGCGACCCUAUUCUCAUAGCUCAUAGUGCGGCUGAUCCUCGUGGCUACCAGUGGCGAUUGAAACACCCACCCGCGUUGAGUGGCUCAUGCCUCGCUCCCAUUGCCUCGCGUGCAUGGCUGACCAGCAGACCUGAGCGGGCAGCCAUCGCGCAUCACCGUCCGUGGAGGCCGACUGUAGUCAACCCUGCGCCCUCCAGAGAACGCUCCCCCCUGCAAGGACGCGCAUACCAGUGGAUUCUUUACCCCCUCGCUUGCGCCUGCGCCCGUGGCUGCGCCAGUCCCCGCCGCUCAUCAUCCGCUGGCAGCGCGGCGACAGCAGGGCCGGCCUCUCCGCGCCCAUCGCGCCGCCCCCCGACGCCACCCUCAGCCACGUGGCGCUCAACCAGACGUUCCGGAUCCCUGUGACGCUGUACCGCGAGCGGGGCGCGCCCUCCGCGCCCUACCUGCGCAAGGCCGCCACCUUCACCCUGCACCACGCGCUGCCCGCCGCUCAUUCCCAACAAACACAUGCACCAACCGAACCUGCCUUUCAGGCUCGGCCCGAGCCUCUGGGGCGAGCGCAGCUAGACCUGGCUGAGCUGGCGGACUGCGACGGGGCGGUGGAGCGCCGCCUCAAGGUGGCGCCGGGGCCCGCCAUGCUUGCUGACGUGGCGGCUGCUGACAGGCCGACGGGGGUGGUGCUGCGCGUGAGCGUGGAGUGCGUGGGCAAGACGCUCAGCCGCGAGGCGGCUGCAGAGGAGGCCCAGCGCCUCGCAGCCCCCCACGGCCACCGCCGCAACGCCUCCUCGCCCGUGCUGCCCUCGCACGCCCUGCAAACCUCCCCCUCCCUCUCGCACCACCGCACCUCCCCCCCGCCCUCCCUGUGCGCGUCGCCCGACCUGCCAGCACCUGGCGGCAGCGCGAGCGCAGGGUCGUCCCUGGGCGACUGCGACUUCACGGCCUUGCAGGGGCAGCUGCAGGGGGACAGGCAGGGGCAGGGGCAGGCGCAGGCGCAGGAGGCCCAAGUGCGGGGGCAAGGCGCGGCAGAGAGAGGCGGAGGGGAUGCACGCCGAGCAGAGGCAGAAGCAGCUCGCGCGGCAGCAGAGGGCGCAGGUGUGCAGAGCGGUGGUGAGAUGAGCAGGCGUGCGCAGCAGAGGCACGGCGGCAGGGAUGGCAGGACUGGCAGUGACGUGGCCAGGGAUGGCAAGGGCCCUCCUGGACGAAAGCCUGCCAGGUCGAAGUCCCCUGCCACGCUUGCAACAUCUUCCACGUCAGCAUCUUCCUCAUCCACCUCAUCACUGCCUCCCUUCCAUUCUGCAUCGACCUCUGCUUCCCCUGCACCCUCUCGCUCCUCCUCAGUCUCGUCAGCAACUUCUGCCUCCACGUCAACAUCUGCUUCCACAUCAGCUUCCACGUCCACAUCAGCAUCUGCCUCGUCAGCAUCUGCAGCAGCAUGCAUGGCGUCACCAUCACCAUCUCCGUCGCCUGUAGAGUCGCCAGCAGCAGCAGCAGCAGCCGCCGCCCCCUCAUCAGCAUCCACUCCUCCUGCCACCUCAAUGUCGGCCACUCGUGCAUUUCGCCUGGCUGCUGCUCGCCUUGGGCCCGCAACAAAGCCAGCCCCCUCUCUCGAGCCGCGCAGGAGGCCCUCUCGCCGCUCGCAGUCGUACGGCGGCGCUGAGCUCGCCGCCUUCCACGCCCUGGACGCGCGCCACGCCCUCGCAGCAGCCCCACCGCAGCAGCAGCCGCAGCCAGAGCCGCAGCCACAAGGCCCCAUCCCGGGUUCAAGUACCCGUGCCUCCCAGUCCCCUCUCCCUGAUGCCCCACUCCCCAUGGCCCCUCCUCCCGCCCCAUCUCACGCUCCCUCUGGCAGCCCCUCUGCCAGUGAACGGGUGGAGGUGCCAGAGGGGGCAAGGGAGGGAGGGGCGGGUGGGGAGGGAGGCGAGGGAGGCGCAGGGGGAGGGAAGGCGGGCAGCAGUGGAGCUGCUGACUCUAGCAUGGCUGCUGCUGCUCCUGAUGCUGUUGAUGCCGCGGCUCUCGCUGCCGGUGCUCCCAUGGUGCUUGAAGCACACACAGCCAGCAACAAGCCGCUUGGUGCUCCCUCGUUUGCAGCACUGAAGGCCCGUCGCAAGGCGACGCGUCGCUCGCACUCAUACGGCGGCCAGGAGUUCACCGCCAUGCAUGCUCGCCUGGCGCCACCCUCCGCCGCUGCCACUGCUGCAGGCGACGCUGGCAGUGGCAGCGGGGACAGCAGCCACAGCGGCAGCAGCACCACCAGCAGCGCCGGUUGCAGCAGGAGCAGUAGUGGGUUGAGCAAGAGGGGCGGCGGUGUAUCGGCAGUGGAGGUGCCUGGCCGCCCCGCCGUCUCCCGGUUCACACGCGAUGCCAAGCCACCUCUCGCCAUAGAGGCGGAGCUGCAGCACCGGCGCCUGGCGCCCGCACCACACGGCGCACAGGCAGGCAGCGGGCCGGAUGGGGCAGCGAGUGAUGAUGAUGCGGCGGAGCAGCAGGUGGGGCAGGUGGCGCUGCCAGCGAGGGCGGUGCGGGCCACGUCGCUGGCAGAGCUGUACCGCGUGGCAGGGCGAGGCGGCGACCUGGACCACAACAGCAGCGUGGCGCCGGCCCAUGCCCUCGCACACCCACCUGCUCUCAACCCCGUGUCGGCUCAGCUAUGCACGCCCAUGCCCGUGCAACCAGGCACACCCACGCAACCACAUGCUCCCACGCCCGUGCCUGUGUGUGCUGCUCCUGCUGCCGGCAGUGUAGCAGCAUGGGGCGUUGCGGCCAUACCCAGGCCAGGAGACAGCGCGGCCGUCACAGUGCCACGCUCCACCCCAGGCACCUCCCCACCCUCCAGCCUCUCCCCCUCCACCCUUCCUCCCACUGCAACCUUGCCUCCCCGUAGUGCCACUGCCUCUUUCCCCACCGCCCCUGCCCCUGCCCCUCCACCUCCUGCCCCUGCCCCUGCUUCUGCUUCUGCGGCCACCUCCCCUCCUGCCUCGCGCGUGCCCUCGCACCGGGACCUGCUGAGGGCGCGCAAGAGUGCUCGCGGCCGCCGCGCGCACUCCCUGGCGGGGGGCGAAAUGGUGCUCCCUCGAGCUCGCGUGCUCGCCCUGGCGGGGGGCGAGGUCGCCCUGGCGGGGGGCGAGGUCGCCCUGGCGGGGGGCGAGGUCGCCCUGGCGGGGGGCGAGGUCGCCCUGGCGGGGGGCGAGGUCGCCCUGGCGGGGGGCGAGGUCGCCCUGGCGGGGGGCGAGGUCGCCCUGGCGGGGGGCGAGAGAACUUUGGAGCUCGCCGCCCUCAGGCUCGUCCCCACGCACACAGAGGGGUCGCCUGAGUCCUCCACCGCUCUGUACCGCUCUCCCCUCUCCUCCUCCUCCCCACCCCUCAACCCCGUGGCUGCUGCCGCCCUGGCCACUCUGCUCCACCCUUCCGCCUCCCCUGCUGCUGCUCGUGCCAGUGCGGCACAAGAGAGGGGAGCGGAGGAGCAGAGAAGGGAGAGUUCGAGGGAGGCACAAGACGCGGCAGCAGCAGCACCUUGCAUGGCCACCACACCCGCCAGUGCUGCUGGUGCCGUUCCCAGGUGUGGGUCCGAUGGUGCGCCCACGCUGCCCGCCCAAGAGCACGUGCUGCCCGGCCAGGCGCAGUGCAGCCCGGCACCAGUGGACCUGUGUGCGGCGUACGAGCAGCAGCGGGCACAGGGGGGGGGUGGGGCCAUGGGAGGGCGGGCAGAGCAGGUGUCAGCAGGGCUGCGUGCAUCAGGGGGAGCACCUACAGGCGCCGUGCCUCCUCUGGCCACGGGCCCUCACAUGAUUCACCGCACUGCACUUCCUCACCACCCACACGCCCCCUCCUCCUUCCCUCGGCCUCUUCUGCACGUAGCGCCCUCUGCCCUCUCCUCCGCCUCCCCUGCCUUGUCAGCUGGCUCUCCUGUCACGUCUGCAGGGUCCCCUGCCAUGUCAGCAGGAUCCCCUGCCUCUCUGUCCAAUGAGCAUGCGCCACGUGGCGCCCAGCAGGCAGCAGCAGUGGCGGAGCUGAGGAGCAAGCUGAAGGUGCUGCUGGCGCCGGCUGCAGGGGGGCAGGCGGCCAUGGCCGUGCGCAUGGAGGGGUGCAUUGAUGUGGCCAUGCAGGGCGAUGCAGGGAGUGAGCGGGGAGAGGGGCUGGCAGCAGGUGCAGCAGGAGGAGGGGCUGCAAGGGCUGCUGCCUCCGCCUCGUUCCCUGGCUCCGCCGCCGCCUCGCCCUCCUCUGCCUCAGCUUCAUUCCCAGCCACACUCCACCACCCCGCCUCCCCCCAUGCCCUCCACCGUUCGCUCUCUGACCCGCGCACCCCUCGCCCACCAACCGCUCAUUCACUGCCCUUCCCCAACCUCCCUCCCUCCUCCUCCGGCACCUUCUCUGCACCGCGCUCGCCCUCUCAGCCGCCUUCUGCGCGCGCGCUGGGCUUUGCGUGUGCGCGGCGCCCCUUCAUGCUGCCGCCAGACUGGCAGGCCACGGCUGCUGCUGGCGGCGGUGAGAGGGGAGGAGGUGCACUCGGGGGGAGGGGCGUGCGGGCGUUCACGUCAGCGGGGCACCGGGGCCUGCUGCCGCCCAUGGGCGGGCAGGCGGGGCGCACGGGUGCACUGCCGGCAGGCGGGGCGGGCUCCCAGUCGGCCGUGAGCGCGCGCGAGGUGCUGGCGGCGCUGCGGCGCGUGCCGGGGCCGUACAGCUCGGGGCGGUACGACGAGGUGGAGGGCGUGGACGACGCGCUGCUGGGGUGGCGGGCGGUGAGGAAGGAGCGGCAGCUGGUGGAGGACGAGCGGCGCGAGGCGCAGCGUGUGAGGGACGAGGUGGAGCGCUUCACACAGUGGGCAGUGGGCGAGCAAAGGCGGCUGGACGAGGAGAAACGAAAGGCAGCGGCGGACCAGCGCCGCCUGUCCCCGUUUGAAGCGCAGCGCGCCGCGUUGGUGCAGCGCAUGGCAGCGCAGGACGCCGCUACCACAGCUGUGCGAGCGCAAAUCGCGGCAACGGGCGCCGCGGUUGCCGGCCUGUGCGCGCACACGCAGGCCCUCCAGCAGGCGCUGCACACCGCCUCCCUGCACCUCGCAGCCCGCCAGCACCAGCUGACGCAGGACCGCGCUGCCGUGCCUGGUGCCCUGGCUCGGGCUGCCGAGGCGGAGGAGUGGGCGCAAGCAGCGCAGAGUAGGUUCGGGGGGAUGCCGAGGGAGGUGCGCAGCGCCAGUGGCGUGGCGGAGGUGGUGCAGGGCGCGGCGGGGCGCCAUGGCCAGUCCGUGCAGCACAUGCACGCCCCCGCCCGGCGCCUGGCGCGCGUGGUGCUGGCCGCCUGGAGAGGAGGAGGGGGGGAGGGGGGCGAGGUUGAGGAGGAGGAUUGGUGGUUGGGUGGAAUGGGGGGUUGUGCAGAGGGAGAAGGGGAGGGAGAGGAGAGGGGACAGGGAGGCAUGCACGGCAGGGUGCAUUGGGGUGGAGGGCAGCAGGUGGCGGGUGUGGCAAGGGAGGUGAUGCGCGCUCUGCUGCUGGCGGCCCGCGCGGCGGGCAGCGACGCGAGUUGCGUGCUCUUCUGGUGGUCCAACACCGCCAUGCUGCGCGAGGCGCUGGCAGCACUGCAGGGGGGGGGGCAGAGGGGGGAAGGAGGCGAGGGAGGGAAGGGGAGGGGGGGAAACGUAGGUGAAGGAGGGGAGAACGGGGCCAAAGGCCUGAGUGGUGGUGCUGCUGCUGAUGAUGAUGAUGAUGGUGGUGGUGGUGGUGGUGGUGGUGGUGGUGGUGGUGGUGGUGGUGAUGGAGAAUGCUGUGAUGGCACAGCGGAUGGCACAGCAGAUGGCAGCAGCGGGGACGACCCCUGGUGCAGCUUGCCCUACCUGCAGGCUCAACUGCUGAGGCUGGAGCAAUGGCAGCAUGAUACGUGUCUUCACCUCGUGUGGACACGUGUCUUCCUGCCAGCCAUGCAGCAGCGCCCUCCCGUGCUUCCCCCUGCCUUCCUACCUCCGUCUCAGCCGCCUCCCUUCACCCCCGCCUGGUCCUCCGCCUUCCACUGCUCCUCCCUCUCCUCCCACCAGCCCCUCUGGCCCUUCUCCGCCGCCACGCCCCCUCCUCCCCCUCUCAAAGCGGAAGAAGCGCAGGCGCCCUGGUGGGCUGGUUUGAGCGGUGCAGAGCGGUGGGUGGCGGUGCUGCAUGAUGCGGCUGCCAUGCUGUGCCCGCACAGGGCCAUGGGGCACCACUGCGGCUGCCUCUACCCACUUUUCAAGCAGGUGCUGCAGCACGCCCUGCGCCGCCUGGACGCGGCGCUCUUCAACGCGCUGCUGCGCUCCGCCAACGACGUCCUCUCCACCGACCCUGCUGCCGACCCUCUCACCGAACCUAGCGCCCUGCCCUUCCCUGCCAAUGGCCGCUUCCGGGCCUCCGACGGGGGGCUGCUGAAACACACUCUAUCUGAGUGGAAUGACUUCCUUGCAGACAUGGACACGCAUGUCGACUCGCACUGCCGUGCUGCUGCCCAUGCCCAAGCCCCCACCAGCCACGCCCCGCUGUCCAUCCACCCCCCGCCCACAGUCCCCGCCUCCCUGCUGUCCUCUGCACGCUUCUGGGCCGGCCAGCUGGAGCUCUUUGAUUGGCCAGAGGGUGUGGACAGCCAGAGGGACGCUGGGAAGCGGGAUGGGAGAAGGGGAGUGGUGGGACAGGGCGAGAGGCGCAAAGCAGCUGCAGGCGGUGAGGCCAUGGGAGGGGCAACGGCGCUUCCUGCUGCUUGGGACGGACACACGGCUCACACGCAUGACCCUGCUGCGCUGCUGCUGCUGGGAGGGCGGGUGAGGGCAGGCGAGGGCGGCAGAGGGUGGUUGCAGCAGCUGAUAGGAGCGCGCGCGGACUGCUUCCCGCUGCUCAGGGAGCUGGCGCACGUGCUGCUGCUGCCCAAACAGGCCCUCUGCGACCGAGCCGUGCGCCGCCAGCUGCACGCCACCAUCACCCCGCCUCUCCUGCAGCGCAUUGUGCGCAUGUGCGUGGAGGACCCCGCCCACCCUGACCACGUCCCUCCCGUGCUCCUCGACAUGCUGCACGCUGAGGCCGCCACCGCCCCUCUUUCCACCUACUUCCUCCCGGUCUUCGACCCUGCACCCCUCCCCCCCACGCCCUACUGCCCCCCGCCCUCCCUGCCUCUGCGCGCGCUGCUUGGGGACGCUGCCUCGCCGGGGGGCAUGGAGGAUGGCACAGAGAGGGGGGGAGGGGGUUGGGGAGGGGCGGCACGGAGAGGUGGUGCACGCCGCGGUGCUGGUGCAGGCGAGGGGUGUGGGGCCGUGGAGCAGCCAGGGGAUUCGGGUUGAGCAAGUGAGUCCAUGCGUGGGAAUGAGCGUGUGCAGAUGAGGGAGUGGGGUUAUGCAUGGGGAGUGUGUCAUUUCAAGCAAGGGAGUUGUCGCGGCAGCAGCCUUCAGCGCUGUAGAGAGGCCAUGCGGGGGACGAGGAGGUGCAGAGAGGCCAUGCGGGGGACGAGGAGGUGCAGAGCGGCCAUGCGGGGGACGAGGAGGUGCAGAGAGGCCAUGCGGGGGACGAGGAGGUGCAGAGCGGCCAUGCGGGGGACGAGGAGGUGCAGAGUGGCCAUGCGGGGGACGAGGAGGUGCAGCUUCCGCACUUGCCCCUGUGCAUCAUGCUGCACCCGUGGCUGCUGCACCCGUGGCUGCUGCACCCGUGGCUGCUGCACCCGUGGCUGCUGCACCCGUGGCUGCUGCACCCGUGGCUGUUGCACCCGUGGCUGCUGCACCCGUGGCUGCUGCACCCAUGGCUGCUGCGCCAGUGGCUGCUGCUGGCUGUGCAUGCACUGACUGACUGACCGACUGACUGACUGACUGACCGGGGGCCAUACAGGCGCCAUGGGGGAGCAGCACGACUGUGGUGCUAACGAGGUAUGCUGUUGUGUCGGGGAGAUGAAAUACGGUACAAGGAAGAUGCCAAAUAAUGGAUGCGAGCAGACUAGAGUGUGUGACACCACGGUACAUGUACUCUAUUCAGACUUUUUACGUGUACAUGUACUCUAUUCAGACGGGGUGUACUCUAGUUGGAAAGAUUUUUUUUUGUACUUGACUCUGUUUUUUCAGAGAAGAUCUAUGUACUACACUGAUUUUUCAGAUUUUUUCUAUUAGUGCACUCUGAUGCCUCAACUCUGUAUGGGGGGAUUGUUAAAAUUAUAUAAG